AAUUUUAUAGCGUUCAUGCCCUAAUAAUACUUGUGUACAGUUGGUGGCAGUAAUACAUKUUGUGAUAGUGAGUGACGUUCUUGAGGAGAAAGCCUACCAAAGAAGAAGAAAAUGGAUCCAGAAAGUGCAAGCUAGCUAACCGUCUGUCUUGUGUAAUAGGUCUAGUUUUCAUGUUUCAUGAAGAUAAAUAUGACGUUAUAUUAGGUAGAUUUAUAUUGUAGAAAGAAAUGCCUUUGCUAAUACAAAAUAGAAGAAUCGAACGACCAGGUUCGACAGUCGAUUUGUUCGCCAGAUAUCCGCAUUUGCAGGAAAACGCCCGAGUAUUUCGAUCCAAGCCGGUUGUAGAUGUCGACCCGAAGUGCCUCCUAUACAUACAGCAACGAGAGUUUGCAGCCACAACACCAGUGGACAACUCUGUCGCUGUCCUUGGUUCUGAUGAUGCAACCACCUGCCACCUAGUUCUGGUGCGACACACAGGAAGUGGAGCUGCUUGCCUUGCUCACUGUGAUGGCUCCAGCACGUGGAGUGAGGUUCCCCUCAUCGUCAAAGCUGUCACAUCUCUGAGCAAGGACCCUGCCAAGGAGGGCAGGCUGGAGCUCCACCUCGUUGGAGGAUUUGAUGAUGAGUCAAAGAUGUCCCACAAACUCAGCCUUAACCUAUUGUCGGCCUUCCAGAGACAGAAAGAGGAUAUUCACCUAGAGACCUGCUGCUUUGCAGAGAUGAAUGACGUCUUAGUGGACGGAGCGCACAGACGUGUGCAUGGCAUAGGUGUAAAUAUUAAAACAGGGGAGGUGUUCCCCGCCUCGUUCCCUCACAAAGGACCCGCGGAGGUGCGAUCAGCACGGACAUUCACUGGGGGCCAGAUGGCUGAUAUAUAUGACUCGAACAAAGGAGUUGUGAAGAUAGGCCCAUGUAAGUGGUCCCCGAAUCUGGAUAUUUCCUUCUGGCUGUCGCAAGACGAUGACACCAUCUUAAAGGUAAAGUUACUUUCCACGUCCCCUACGGCUGAGCCACCACACUUUGUGCACAUCAAGUCCACCAUCCAGUUCCUCCUGGAGCACCCCAGUUCAGACAGUCUUCCUGGAGGACAGCCCCAGCACUACCGCAGAACAGAGCAGGGCUGGGAGAACGUUAACCAGACAUAAAGGGUUGAGACUCUUCUCCAACCCCCUAUUACUUUGACUUUCCCUGGAAUCUGUCGAAAUGAAAUCACUCCUUAACUUCUGGAAGACAGACACUGUGACCCUCCUCUUUACGCAUUGUGGGUGUCACAUGUUAUUGUAUUGUUUUUUUGACUUGGUACCAGUACUCCCUGUAUAUAGCUCUUUAUUUUUAUCUUAUUGUUGCUCUUUUAUUUUUUACUUUUGUUUAUUUAGUAAUAUUUUUUCUUAACUGCAUUGUUGGUUAAGGGCUUGAGUAAGCAUUUUACAGUAAGGUAAAAUUGUAUUCGGUGCAUGAGACAAAUAAAAUUUGAUUUGAUUUAUCGUGGUAGCUUGUACAGUACAAGCUAUCUGGAUUGAACCC